AAAAAACUUAAGGUUCAAGCCUAACCCUGACAUCCAAACAUGCGACCGGGUCAAGGUGCGGCAAGGUGUUUUCUGACGGUGCAUGUGUUGGGCCGCUCUAGAAAUCAACAGCAGUCACACCUAUAGAGGCUCCCUAGAGGCCUAGAGGUGAUGUCUCGCCAUGGCGAUGCAAAUUUUAGUUCUGCAGCCAAGUGGUGACAGUGAAAGCAUGGUCCUUGACGUCAUCCCAGAGAUGACAGGCUGGGAGCGAAAGCCUAUGCAGCAGAUCCGAGAGGGAGACUUGGGAUGAAGCUACUCCUAGGAACCACUGUGGAGAUCAUUGUCAGAGACUGCCAAUUACUGGCCAAUGAUGUCAAGGUCUUGGACACAGGAAUUGCUGCAGAUACUGUUGUGAGCGUGGUCUUCAAGCCGAACAUUGUGAUAUGUUCCAACAAAGAUAUGUUAUCUGCAGUCUUGAUGGUGUCAUGUCCUCGGAACAGCUUGCGGUCGAAAUCCCUAAGUGGCGAAACUGCCAUUUGUGAAAACGCUUUCGCGAGUUGCCACAUAACCCGGACUCAGUUGACCCUCUGACUCAGUGGCGACCGGACUCAGUGGCGAGUUGAGUCCACAAAUUCCCGGACUCAGUGGCUCACAGUUUGGACAUGAAGCCUUUUAAGUUGCAAGUCUUCGGCAACCGUCACAAUCCCGCAUCAUUGACCCACAUUGGGAAUUGUGCCUUCAUGCGCUGCGGAUCCUUGACAAACUUGACCAUCCCGGACUCAGUGACCGACAUUUGAGAUCAUGCCUUUGGAUAUUAGGAAUGGCGUCUUUGCACAGUGUAUUUCUUUGGUGAACUUCAAGUUCACCAAAGAGCUACACCACAUUGAGAUUUGUGCCUUCAAGCAUUGCAGCCCUUUGGUGAACUUGACCAUCCCGGACUUUGUGGCGCACAUUGGAGAUCCUGCCUGUGACAGUUGCAGCUCUCUGGCAAACUUGACUAUCCCACACUCAGUGACCCACAUUGGGAAUUGUGCCUUCAUGCGAUGCGGAUCCUUGACAAACUUGACCACCCCAAAGUCAGCGACGCCCAUUAGAGAUUAUACUUCUGAUGGUUGCAAGUCUUUGAUGAGCUUGAAAAACAUCCCAGACUCUGUGGCGCACAUUGAGAGUUAUGCCUUUGCGGGUUGCAGCUAGGUGAUGAGCUCUGACAUUUGCAGUGAUGAAAACAACAUCCGGACUUGCUCUUGACUCGAACAUGCAGCCCUAAGAUCGGCUCCAGAAGGCGUCAAAGCAAUUAGACAAUGUGGGUGUCCGCAUCGCAUAAAAGCACCAUCCAUGUCUUCAGGAAGACGAAGGACAAAGAAAGGUGGUCCUUGAAAGCUGAGCAAGAUCAGGACUUCAUCCGGAAAUAUCCCGAGCUGGUGG